AUGAGCAAGUACCCGCAUCUUCUUCAGCCACUGGAUCUGGGCUUCACGCAGCUGAAGAACCGCAUUCUCAUGGGCUCCAUGCACACGGGCCUUGAGGAGGGCAAGUCGCUCACUCGCCUCGCUGCUUUUUUCGCCGAAAGAGCCAGAGGGAAUGUGGGUCUAAUCGUCACGGGCGGCAUCGCACCGAAUCGUGCGGGUCGCGUCAGUCCCUUAGCUGCUAAAUUGACGACACAGGGAGAAGUCACGGCUCACCGAGAAGUGACAAAAGCGGUGCACGACCACGAUGGCAAGAUUGCAAUGCAGAUUCUACACAGUGGACGGUAUGGGUACCAUCCGUUUACUGUAGCUCCAUCGGCAAUUAAGGCCCCAAUUGGCUGGUUUACGCCCAAGGCGCUAUCGAGCGCAGCAGUGAGAGGCACCAUCCGGGACUAUGCAAAUUGUGCUGCUCGGGCUCGUGAAGCAGGAUAUGAUGGAGUCGAGAUCAUGGGAUCCGAAGGGUACCUGAUCAAUCAGUUUAUUGUGGAGCACACAAACACUCGCAAGGACGAAUGGGGUGGAUCGUACGAAAAUCGCAUCCGCUUUCCCGUUGAGAUUGUCAAAGCUGUGCGGGCUGCAGUUGGCAACGACUUCAUCUUGAUCUUUCGCCUCUCGAUGCUGGAUCUCGUCGAGAGGGGCAGCACGUGGGACGAGAUUGUCAUGCUUGCAAAGCAGAUUGAAGCGGCAGGGGCUACGAUCAUCAAUACAGGCAUUGGGUGGCACGAAGCACGCAUUCCAACAAUUGCAACGAGUGUGCCCCGUGGCGGGUUUUCGUGGGUGACGCAAAAGAUGAAAGGCGAAGUCUCGAUUCCUCUUAUUACGACGAAUCGCAUUAAUAUGCCGGAUGUGGCCGAGCAAAUCAUUGCCGAGGGCAGAGCAGACAUGGUGUCAAUGGCACGGCCAUUUCUUGCAGAUCCAGAGUUUGUACGCAAGACUGAGGAAGACCGAGUGGAUGAGAUCAAUACGUGCAUUGGCUGCAAUCAGGCGUGCUUAGAUCACACGUUUAAAGGUAUCACGGCAAGCUGCCUUGUGAAUCCACGCUCGGGAUACGAGACCUUGCUGAAUUAUACGCCUACGAAUGAUGUUCAGCGUGUAGCCGUUGUGGGCUCCGGUCCAGCUGGGUUGUCAUUUUCAACGACAGCAGCUUUGCGUGGCCAUGAGGUGACUUUAUUUGACCAAGCUGAUGCCAUUGGUGGUCAGUUCAAUAUGGCUAAGAUUGUUCCAGGCAAGGAGGAGUUUUACGAGACGCUUCGCUACUUUGAAAAACAACUGAAGCUCAGGGGCGUGAACGUGAAACUUGGGCGUCGUGUAGAGGCCGCAGAGUUGAUGUCCGGAGCUUUUGAUAAAGUGGUAAUCGCAACGGGUGUACUACCGCGUUCUUUGUCGAUACCGGGAGCGGACCAUCCGAAGGUGCUAAGCUACAUUGAUGUCUUAAAGAACAAGGCGCCUGUUGGACAAAAGGUGGCGAUCAUCGGCGCAGGCGGCAUUGGCUUUGAUGUGGCCGAAUUUCUGACUCACGAAGGCGAGUCUUCCAGCUCGAGUGUCGAUGCGUUCGCUCGUCAGUGGGGUAUCGAUACAAGCAAUACAGUCCGUGGUGGUGUGGCAGGUAUCCAACCUAGCAUUCUGCCUGUAUCACGUGAGGUUUACCUGAUGCAACGAAAGAGUACAAAGCAUGGAAAGGAUCUCGGCAAGACGACGGGCUGGAUCCACCGACUUUCGCUCAAGCACCGCAACGUGCAGAUGAUUGGUGGUGUGUCGUAUGACAAGGUGGACGAUGCAGGUCUCCACUACACUGACAAGAAUGGCAAGAAGAAGGUACUGGAUGUGGACAAUGUGGUGGUUUGUGUUGGCCAAGUGCCGCUGCGCGAGCUCGAAAAGCCAUUGCAGGAAAAGGACAUCGUUGUCUUCCGCAUCGGUGGUGCCGAUGAGGCUGGCGAGCUGGAUGCAAAGCGUGCAAUCGACCAAGGCGCUCGUCUGGCAGCUACGAUUGAAACGGCGAAACCCGGUGACUCGCUCGAGGCUACACCUCCUUUGUCGGCAAAGGUCUUCGAGUUCUUGAGCAAGUUUCAAAAGUAA